CUGUGUCUAACAUGGAGGCCGGGCCUGGCUCAUUUCCUCCUGCGCCGCCAUUUUGUGUCGGAGGCAUCUUGAGAGAAAGAAGUCAGAGGAGGGAAAAGAAAAGCUAUUCAGGAUAGUGGGAACACGGAGAAACGAGAAGACCGCUUGCCGCAUAGCCAGGGCGACCGUCACAAACCCGGCCAGGGCAAACCCCGCCUUACCCCCAGCGCAGCCCGGAGCGGGCGUUUUGAGCGCCAGGAGCCGCCCGUGUGCUGCUCCCGAUAGAGGUGAGAGAGCGAGGCCGCGGGGAGCCGAGUGACUGGCCGUGUGUGAGGCUGUGCCCGGGGUCCAGGCUGGGUGCCCGGGGCCCGGUGCGAUGCCACCAGCGGGGUUCGCCGUGUGCACAGUGUAAAGAUGGCGGUGCUGGAGCCUCUCCGGCCUCUGUCCGCCGCUGACCUCCGGCUGGAGAACCCACCCAGGGCCGGGCCAUUCCCGGGGAGCACAGGAGGCCCGCGCUUACCAUUGCUUUCACACUGUCUGUCUGUCUCACUCUAUAAUAAAUAUCACUGAGGGAACCGCGGGCCGGAUGGGUGAAGGGUGAGAGGGGGCUGCUGUGCCUGGCUGGAAGGCAUCUUGUAUCUGACAGGAAAGGCUAAGCAUUUGAGGCCUUCUUCCCGUACGUUUGUCUGAUAGGGAGGGAAUGUUAUCUUUAUUAGUUUUGGGGAAGUGACCUGGCUUUCUCCUGGAGAUUGUCUGGAUCCGCCUGGUGCAUGUGCGUCUUCUCCUCCAUUGCUCUCUGAAUGGUAGCAGCCUUCUUGAGGGAGGAUAUUUCUGCCAAGUGCUGGGAUUGCCCUGCAAAGGCUGCCUUCUGCCGUGUUUUACCAGGUUCAAUCUGAAGAGGGUUUUUUUUUUUUUUUUUACCUGAGUGUUUAUAUUAAAAUAGUUUGUACAAUUUGUGGGUAGUAUUAAGGACUGAUAAUGACCGCCUCAAGGCUUCUUCUGAUAGAACUUUGAGGAUUUCAGUUUUUUUUUUUUCCCUAUGUGGACCUAUGAACAAAAAAGGUUCUUAAUGUUUACAUCAGCAACGUGUGUGUGUGUGUGUAUAUAUAUAUAUAUAUAUAUAUAUAAUUUUUUUGUUUAUUUUUAUAAUUGUCAAAGAUGCCAAUCUGUUCUGAUUUUCAUGAAGUCCAAAGAACAUUUAUUUAAUAGCCCUCCUCAUUUUCUACUGAAUCUAAUGCCAACUCCUAAAGGGUCAAUCACUUAAGUGUGAAUUUACUGGAAUUAAAAAUGAAUUUCACAUUUUAGGCCUAAAAAGUCAAAAUGGAAUCAAAACUGCUAGGUAGUUAUGUUUCAAUUUUGUCUGUUUUGACCUAAAAUGUAUAUUCUUAACAGUGCAGUGCUAAAUCGAUAUUGCUCAUGGCACAACCACACACAAGUACAGUAUAUAUGCUACCCCUGGGGGAAAAGUGGUGUCACUGUUUCUAGCUCGUAAUUUUUAAUUGUGCGUGAAAUAGGCACACAAAAAAAUGAAGAUAAGCAAGCAUCUUCUGUACAAAUGCUUUUUGGACAUCAGUCAACAGAUCCAACAAAUUUUUUCUGACCUAUUUAAUAAAGAAAACACUCUAAAAUAUAUACUUUUUAAAUGUAAUAUGAUCCAGUAUUUAUUUUUACAUUCUGGGCCAACCUGUUUUGUGUUUUUAUUUUAACAUCACAGAGUAAAACGUAAUUUUUUAUUCCAAUGCUGCAACCGCCAUCUCACUACAGCCUUAUUCUCAUCUGUUGAAGUCAUCAGUGCUGGUAAUUUCUGUUCAGUCAGAUGCUUUACUGAGAAGCAUUGAGGGCACACAUCUAUUGCUGUGGAAUGUCAGCCCUGUGCUUCUCCGUGAGAAGCUAUUAGACUCUGCAAGUACAGAAAUUAAUACCUCUGUUACCUGAGUUCCAGGCAGGCUUAUGUAAAUUCUGUGCAAAAUCAGCAUCUGGUAUCCUAUCUUUCCUUCAGUUCUCUUUGCCACAAGUCAUUGUAGUUUUUGGUAAUGCUUAAAGGAUCACUAUAGGGUCAGGAACACAAACUUGUAUUCCUGACCCUAUAGUGUUAACAACACCAUCUAGCCUCCCUGGGCCCCUCAUGCCUCCAUAAAUAUAGUAAAAAUCUUACUGUAUUCAAGCCAGAAGCUGUAACUCUGCAUGCUGUUUGCCUUAAAAAAAAAAAAAAAAAGUCUGCUGACAUCAUCAGAAGUGGUAGCCUGAUCCAAUUACAGUUCUUCCCCAUAGGAUUGGCUGAGACUGACAAAGAGGCAGAUCAGGGGCAGAGCCAGCAUGAUUCAAACACAGCCCUGAAUCAGUGAAUCUCUAUGAGGAAAGUUCAGUGUCUGCAUGCAGAGGGAGGAGAUACUGAAUCACAGGAUGCUGUGCACAGUGCUGCCCUGUGCUCUGCUGACAGCAGAUCUGAGUGGAUGCCUCCAUCAACUCCGAAGUACCUCUGGUUCACUCUGAGUGACUGCAACUAGAGGUGUUCCUAGCUUUCAAUGUAAACACUGUAUUUUCUCAGAAAAUACAGUGUUUACAUGAGAGAGGCUGCAGGGAGCUAUAGUUCUCACCUGAACAACCUCAUUAAGCUGAAGUUGUUCAGGUGACUAUAGUGUCCCUUUAAAAUACCCGUUGCAUUGUUAGGGCUCUUUAUAUUUGUCAGUAGUAGUAGAACUGCUUGGUGAUCAUCAAUGUUAUCUUGCAGGGCUUUUCACCGGCUUGUAAUUGUUAAGAAAUGAGAAUUUUUAGACCAAAACAGCAGAGGAAAACUCUGAACACCGUAACAUUACUGUAGUGGUUUUAUUUAUUUUUUACGGUGCCUAAAGAUAUUGCUAAUUGCAGUGAAUGCUUACAGCUUUCACUUCCAGUUUACUACUGCAGUGAAUGUACUCCAUUCCUUUUGCCAAUGCUUCUACUCAAAUUAACUUGGUAAAAAGAAUAUCUUUAGAUUUUGUUUCUGUGUGGGAAUGAAUAUAAUUGGGAACUGUUGGAUUUAGCAGGCAUGGUAAGGUUUACUUGGUGAUUUUAAAAAAAUAAAUACAAAUUUUUAAAUGGUAUUUUUAAGCUAUUCUUGCGCAUAACUAAUUUGAUCAUAAUUGGCUUAUUUGAAGAUCACAACAGUAUGCAAUUUGUUGCAUACGAGUUCCUUUGAGAGCAAAAUAUAUUUGCAAAUGUAUAAUUGGAUUUAAAAACCCAAGAUAACACAAUGGUUUAUUCAUUGCAGUGCUUUUGCUUCUAGUGUUAUAAGCAAUUGUUGGCGGUCAGUGAUCUAUACUUUGAUUUAUUUCUUUAAAGGGUUACUCCAAGCAUCAUCAUGACUAGUUCCUGUUGGUGCUUUUUCCUGGAUAUGGGGCAAACCGUUUUGCAGUGUUUUUUCCCUCUUUCCUGGACCCUUCACAAGUGCAGAGCCUCCUCUGAGCGAGGUGACAUGCAUCUGAUUUCUGCAGAGCUGCUAGAGUCUGAUACGGUCUCGACUGUCAUUCAUUGGCUGAGGGUGUCAGCUGAUCACACUCAUCCAACAAAUUACCUUCUGUGCAUGAAAUUUGCACAGCAUUACAUUAGUGAGCCUGUGGUUCUUCUUCCGGGUUGGUUCAAGGAACACUAGUAUUAGAAACACAAACCUGCUGUAUUGUUCACCAACCCAUCUAGAUGUCCACUCCCCCUCCCAUACCCCACCCCCCUGUUGGUGGAGUUUAAAGGGUAAGUCUUCCAUAUAUCUCUUCACAAGCAACUCCUCACUGCUGCUCUGUCUCUUUGGCUGAGAUCAUCAUGUUGAUCUCAGUCAAUCCAAUGUUUCCCCACAGGGAAGCAUUAAGAUGCCAGUGUGCAUGGGCGGCCAAACGCUGCUCUAAUCAAAUGUUCUAAGUGAGAGUCAUUGGAUCUAUAACAGUUUAGCUUGGAAGCACCCCUAAUGACUGUCUUCCUGACACUAGAGGUAUAUUAAAGGACCACUCUAGGCACCCAGACCACUUCAGCUUAAUGAAGUGGUCUGGGUGCCAGGUCCCUCUAGGAUUAACCCCUUUUUUUUUAUAAACAUAGCAGUUUCAGAGAAACUGAUAUGUUUAUAAAUGGGUUAAUCCAGCCUCCAAAGCCUCUAGUGGCUGUCUCAUUGACAGCCGCUAGAGGCGCUUGCGUGCUUCUCACUGUGAAAAUCACAGUGAGAAGACGCAAGCGUCCAUAGGAAAGCAUUCAGCCGGAGAGGAGAAAGAGAGCUCCCCGCCCGGCGCUGGGAAAAAAACCCUUUCCUCGCCAUCCAGCCCGGCGGCAGGGGGACCCUGAGGGUCGGGGCACUAUAAUCAAAUGCCAGGAAAACGAGUAUGUUUUCCUGGCACUAUAGUGCUUCUUUAACCUUUAAUUAAAACAUUGCUGUAGCUGCAAAAUGUCAGUGUUCUCAUAUCCAGGGUUAAACAGAGGCAUGGCACCCAGACCACUUCAUUGAAGUGAAGAAGUCUGGGUAGUUAUAGAGACCCUUUAAUGAUGGUCAGUAACGCUGCCAUAGGAGGUUACACAUCUGACAGCAUUAUAAAAUACCUCUGUAUGUGCAGUGUUUCAAACUGAAAACACAGCACAUAUGGAUCUAAGCACCAUGACCACUUCAAAUGCUAGAGUGGUCAUGGUGCUUGAACAAACCCUUUAAUCAAAGUUUUAAUUCUUGGUCAUAUAUGAAAGGAGUUUAUGUAAAGGAGCACCAUAACCAAUGGGGAUCUCCCAGCAAAGAUGAAAAAAGUGCAAUGCUACAGCUAGGUGUUAAAAGUUGCACCCCACUGCAAAUCAUAGUAUGCUUGCUAGUGGUAAAUUUCUCUUCACCAGGGCUAAAUUUAUGCUUGCCAUUAGGUAGUUGCGAGUGGACAUUUUGAGCCCUGUCUCCAUAUUAAGUAGUGAGUGUUUGACCGGUUUGGCAACUUAACUGGGGUCUACCAGGCCCUGAUCACCACCAGCAGGGUUUAGCUCAUUGCCUGUGAGCAUUUAGCUCAUGAUCUCAACCAAUGAAUUGGGUCUGCACUGCAGGACCUAGCUCAGGAAGGUCUGCAUGUUUCAGAGAAAGGGAUGUUUGACCAUUUAGGUUGUGGUACCAUCGCAAAUCUUUAAAUGGUUCUGCAUUGAAAGUGAAAAGGCAAAUUCAUUCAAUUAAAAAUGCCUUUAAUACUUUUUUUGAUAAUUUCAUAUUCUUUUUAUACAUUCUGUUGCACACCAGUUCAACUUUAGGUAGGAAUAUUAAUAUUCUCAUAGCGGAAGUAAAUUUGUAUAAUUCGUACAGUGGGGGGGGUGGGUGUUACCCUUACGUAUGUUUAUGGAAAUGGACAAGGACCUGCGAGUCCCACAAUUAUCUGUGCCUGUGAGCCAAUAAGCCUACCCAUCAUAAGACUCUCCUAUGGACUUAUUGUUGAUUAUGUUCUUGCUGUAUAAAAGUUAUAUACAUGGCGAGACUGUUUGAUUUACGCAAAAUACGCACAAAAGAAACAACAUAUACCUCUCCCCCCCCCCAAAAAAAAAAGUACUUUUAGAAGUCUGGCCCAGAUUAUGAUCACUGGAAUGGCUUGUUUUUGUUUGUUUGUAUAUUUUUAAAGUCUUUCUGUAUCUGCGUUUGUAUUAUCAGUUAAUUAUUUUCAAGGUAGAUACCUUCAGUACCAAACAUUCACCAUCACAGCACUAGAUACUCUGUUACAUGGAAACAAUGCUUCUCCGUAUUCCAUUAGUUCUCUUAAGCUGUUCAGCAGUUUUUAAAAUAUAAUUGAAUAUUUUGUGUUAUCAAUACUACUCUAACCUCCUUCAUAUUUCCUGUUUUCUGUACUAGUUCUAAAACAUGUUACAAAGAGUUAAAAAGAUGGAAAAUGAACAGCCAUUUAGGAAGAGGAGGCCUGAUGAAAUCCCUCCUCAGCACAAGACAGAAAAUGUAAGUGCAAAUCUAAUAAAAUAUCUUGAAUUGCUGAACAGCUUAAAGUCAACAAAACAGUUGUUUCUUGUCAUAUGUGGGUAAUAUUGUUUUUUUUCGGAAGGGUGUACGGUUGAGCUACAUUUAGCAGUUGUGAAAAGUUUUUUCUUUUCUCAUUUUAAAUUGCAGGUUUGUACAUUUGUCACUUAAAAAUGCCUGGUCCUUAUUACAGGCAUGCUCUAUUGGUUUGUUUUAUUACUGUUUAGUAGAUGUACCUCAAACAAAAUAUGCAUAUUUUUUCUGCCUGUUUUCUCUGUGGUGGUGUGAAAAAAAAUACCUUACACCAGCUGAUGGCCUAUGCAAGCCAUCCCCUGUAUCAGUGGAGCAUUUCUAUGAGUAACAUCCAGGAGGCAUUUCUGCACAUGGUUUUAAGUGUCACUAUCUAUUGAAAUCGGCACUUUUAUCAACUUGAAAAAAAGACAGAUUCCAGACACACACUGCAUUUCAGCAAGCUGGAGUGCUUUGUGUCUCUAGUGUUUCUUUAAGUUCUAGUUAACAUAUGCAAAUAACUGUUAGCAUUUUUAUUGAAAACAAGAGGACAAUCUUACACUUAUUAAACAUAUUUGGGUUGUAAUAAAUAUCCGACAAUAAGCUUUAGUUAACAUUACAGCUCUUUGCAAUUAUUAUAGGAGAAAAGGGAGGAAACCGCGCCUUACAUAAAUUAUAUAUACAUACACUUGAUGUCUCUUAGUAGUUUCGGAUAAUUUAUCCUCAAAAAGAAAACAGAGAGUAUAUACAAUAGUGUAGUAUGUUAAAUAAUAUUAGGAAAAAGUGAUAAAUAAAACGGAGGUAUUUUUCACUCACAUUUGGUAGAGCUACUGUGGGAGCUCUACCAUAAUUGGCAUGGACGGUACAAUCCCCGUCUUAGGAUAAGAAGUCCAACGUCUUAGGUACUCCAAUGGUGUAGUAGUGCAGAUAAAAAUGGAAAACAAGAAACUCCAAUAGUGUAAUAGUUCCAACUCCAAGUAUAAAUGGAUAAAUAGAAAUAUAUAUAUAUACUCACAUUUACUAGAGCAGAAAACUUGCUCUAGUUUAUAAGGCUUGCAGUGGUAUCCCCACUGUAGGAUAUACAGGCCAGGAAGUAAGAUGGUGCAAAUAAAAUAUAAUAAAAUGGAAUAUAGCUUUAAAAGAUAUAUAUUUAAUAAUGUAUCAAACAGAAUAAAAUAAAAGCUAUAUAAAAAUUUUAUAUAGCUUUUAUUUUAUUCUGUUUGAUACAUUAUUAAAUAUAUAUCUUUUAAAGCUAUAUUCCAUUUUAUUAUAUUUUAUUUGCACCAUCUUACUUCCUGGCCUGUAUAUCCUACAGUGGGGAUUAUACCACUGCAAGCCUUAUAAACUAGAGCAAGUUUUCUGCUCUAGUAAAUGUGAGUAUAUAUAUUUCUAUUUAUCCAUUUAUAUUUGGAGUUGGAACUAUUACACUAUUGGAGUUUCUUGUUUUCCAUUUUUAUCUGCAUUACUACACAAUUGGAGUACCUAAGACGUUGGACUUCUGAUCCUAAGACGGGGAUUGUACCAUCCACGCCAAUUAUGGUAGAGCUCCCACAGUAGCUCUACCAAAUGUGAGUGAAAAAUACCUCCGUUUUAUUUAUCACUUUUUCCUAAUAUUAUUUAACAUACUACACUAUUGUAUAUACUCUUUCUGUUUUCUUUUUGAGGAUAAAUUAUCCGAAACUACUAAGAGACAUCAAGUGUAUGUAUAUAUAAUUUAUGUAAGGCGCGGUUUCCUCCCUUUUCUCCUAUACUACUGUUCUAACAAGGCUGGGAAUCCUUGUAUUUGUUACUGCUGCCUAUCUUAUUGUUUAUUCUUUGGAGUGAGCACCUGACACAUCUCUUCUUUUUCUCUUUGCAAUUAUUGCCUUCUUAAAUGUAGCUCAUCUGUAAUGCAUAGGUGUCCUGCUCUUCUUGAUUAUCUAAUCAACAGAAAUCACUUUAGAUUGUAGGUUUUUAAUUAGAGCCUGCAUCUGGUGUGCAAAGGCACAACCCUCUCAGGACCAAUUUGAUUCAGAAAAACAAGCUUAUCCCUUGAGACAUUACUGAUUUUCUAUUUGUAUUUCUUUUAAAGUAAUCUAUAGAUAAACCUACAAACUUUUCUGUUUUGUUUUAAUAUUCCUUAGUGUUGGAUAAAUUAUAUUUGGUUACCAAAGUUCUUUUAAAUGUAAUAAUUUUAAAAUGGCACUCACUUCUCAGGUCUUGUUUUCAAAUUAUUUUCUUGUCACUGUUUCCUUUUAUUUGAAUCUGACCUUAUUUUUUUUGUUAUAGAUUAAAAGGAAGCAUCUCUAGUGGCUUUCAGACAGCUACUAGAGGUGUGUAACCUGCAAUGUAAACCUUUCAGUUUCUCCAAAAUUAAAUUAAGUGGUCUGGGUGACCUUAGCCUUUUAAAGGGACACUACAGUCACUAGAUCUUCUACAGCAGGGGUUCUCAACCCAGUCCUCAGGAUCCCCUACCAGUCCAGGAUUUGGGGAUUACCUGGGUGUGUCUAAGGUGUUUAGAAAAAGGGAAGAAAAAAAACCCUUAGACACACCCAGGUAAUCCCUAAACCCUGGACUGGUAGGGGGUCCUUGAGGGCAAGGUUGAGAACCCCUGUUCUACAGCUUAACGUAGUGGUUCUUGUGUCUAUAGCCUUUCCCUGCAGGCUUUUUAAGGUAAACUCAGUCUUUUCAGACAAAAUCCAGUGUUUUGAUAUCAUUAAGAUUGACAGUGUCAGCCACUGAGGCGGUGAUUGCAGUAAAAAGAUAGGUAACUUAAAUUUUCUCAAUCUGAGGGGUGCCGGACAACUAAGCAGCCACUCAAGCAAUAUAGUGUUAGGAAUGCAUGUUUAUAUUCUUUAUGCUAUAGUGUUUCUUUAUUACUGAAUUAUGGUCCCUGGCUUCCCACAACCAUUGGAGGAAUGGCUAAGGCAGAGAUUACACACUUCCUUAUAGCCAAACCGAUUCAUACUUCCAUUGGCAGAAUGUGGUUGGCUGACACUCAACCAGUGAUUUCUGCCCAUUCCUGCUUAGGCUAAUACUUUUUCAUUAGUCCAUGAAGCGCCAAGGCGUUGGGUACUCUUAAGCAUUAAAAAUAUUUUGCAAGGGCACUCCAGACACUAAGUGCUAAGCUAAUGUACCAACAAUCUAUUGGUCAAAGAAUCCCACAUGGAUAAAGGAAAAUAGCAUGUCUGUUAAACUUUUUUUGGUUUGUUUUGUUUCAUUUUUUUGUGUGGCUAAUUUGACCCGUUUUCACCACAAAACGGGAUUUGUCCAUUUUCAACAGCCUAAAUUUCCGUGCAUCCCUAGUUGUUAUGGUGCCAGAAGACACUUACUUCAAGGGGUUAAACCUUUCUCGAACCAAUCAGCGGCAUUCCUGUCCGGCUGCAUUCCAUGCUUCCUAAUUCUGAAAAUUCAGAAGCCGGAUGCCGCCGGAUAGGAGUGGACAUCUUGGGGUUAAACAGUUUAAUCCCAUGAGGUAAGAGUGCCGGAGGCCUCAGGACACCAAAACAACUUUAUUUAGAUUAAGUUGUUUUGGUGCCUGGAGUGUCACUUAAAGUCCCUUAAAUGUGGAUUUCACUGAAAGCUUUUUGUGUGUAUAGAUCUAAUAUCUCUAAAAAAUUUUGAGAAAUGGCACUGUUCUUUUUGCAAUACCUGCUAUUUAACAUCUGACAUGAGCAUGCAAAGUAUGCAGAUUCUGAGUGUGCUUGCAGUAUUACUCUUUUAUAAGCAGUGUAUUGGCAUAUGGAGGCUAUAUUUAUGCAUGUAGCUAUAUCCGCAAUGCUUCUAUAUCCUAUGCAUAUACCUAUAUCCGCAAUGCUUAUCCUUGUGUUAUGUUUGUUUUAGAUGUGAACUAGUAAACUAAGGAUUUCAUUUGUGAAUGUGUUGGUUUUUGUUUUUUUUUUCAUAUUUUAAAUGUCCUCAUUCAAAAAUCUUUUUUUUUUUUUUCGCUGCAGUAUUUCUAAACAAAAUGUGCUUUAAAAUUGCCAUAAAGACAUGUAGAAUACCUUUUUGCAACCUCCUUGUCAACACUCCAUAUCUAUAUUUGUGAUACAUGUUAGCAUUCAAUUUGUCUUAUUAGACUUAACAGUGAUGACACAUCUAAGUCUUUGACUCUUUCUUCUUGAUGAUUGUCUUUUAGGUCACAAUGACAAAUGAGGAACCUCUUCCGAAGAAGGUUAGUAAAAAUAGUUUGUGGGUAUUGUUGUUUGUUUUUUUUUUUUUUGUGUAAUAGUUUUCAUUUCAAAUGCAUCAUUAUUAUUCAUUUGGAUAUUCCUUGGGUUUUUAUUUUUAUUUUUUUGUCCUUUCUGUUUGUCAUAUGUAUAUUGAAAGGUUGAACUCAAUGUUUAGUGUUAUAUUUUUUUGUUUUUUUGUUUUUACCCUUAACAGAUAUUACCAUGCAGCCAUAUUUCCUUGCUAUAAGCUAAUUUCAGAACUGCAGGGUUUUUCCUUAAACCGUUUUUGUUUAUGGUUUAAGAGGUUGCUUUUAUUUACUUGCCUGUGAUUUGUGCCAAAGUUGAAGGAACACUAUAAGCACCAAAACAGACACACACAAGCAUUGGGAUACACCUCUUAAUUAUUAAGGGCAGUUUAGAUGUUAGCUUGGAAUGUCCUAUGUCACAAAGGAAUUUAACCCCUUAAAACCGGAGGACGUACUAUUACUAUUAACCCCUUAAAACCGGAGGACGUACUAAACGCCGCAGGGCGUAAUAGUACGUCCUCUGUUUUUUUUUUUACUUAACCGGUCGCCUGCGAUUCCACACCGGCGAUCGCGGUUGGGGAGACUCACCUGCGAGGACCUCACAGUCACAUGGCCGGGUUAGCUGGCUGCUGCAUUGCCAGCAGGGGGACUGCCUGUAAUGACAGUCCCCCUGCUGGCUGAAAAUCAAAAAAAUUAAAGUUAAAAUAAGUGUUAAAAAAAUAUAUAUAUAUAUAUAUAUAUAUAUAUAUAUAUAUAUAUAUAUAUAUAUAUAUAUAUAUAUAUAUUUUUUUUUUUUUUUUUUUAACACUUAUUUUAACUUUAAUUUUUUUGUUUUACUCGGGAGACUUCGCUGAACACAAAUAUUAGUGUUUCAAAACAGUAAAAUGUAUUACAACGAUGAUAUAGCCAAUAAAAGUGAAUUUUUUUUUUGCAUUUUUCACACACAAACAGCACUUACACGGACAAUAUUAUUGCUGUGAUACUUUUUACUGUUUUGAAACACAAAUAUUUGUGUUCAGCAAAGUCUCCAGAGUACAACAGUACCCCUCUUGUACAGGGUUUAUGGUGUUUUCAAAAGUUACAGCGUCAAAUAUAAGGCUUGUUUCUGUUUUUUCACAUUGAAAUUCGCCAGAUUGGUUACGUUGCCUUUGAGACCCUAUGGAAGCCCAAGAAUGAAAAUUACCCCUAUGAUGGUAUACCAUUUGCAAUAGUAGACAACCCAAGGUAUUGCAAAUGUGGUAUGUCCAGUCUUUUUUAGUAGCCACUUAGUCACAAACACUGGCCAAAAUUGGCGUUUUUUGCAUUUUUCACGCACAAACAAAUAUUAACAAUAACUUUGGCCAGUGUUUGUGACCAAAUGGCUACUAAAAAAGACUGGUCAUAUACCCCAUUUGCAAUACCUUGGGUUGUCUACUAUUACAAAUGGUAUGCCAUUAUGGGUGUAAAUUUCAUUCCUGGGCUACUAUACAGUCUCAAAGGCAACGUAACCAAUCUGGCGAAUUUCAAAUGUAACGUAAUGUGCUAUAUUUGACCCUGUAACUUCCCAAAACACCAUAAAACCUGUACAUAGGGGUAACUGUUUUACACGUGAGACUUUGCUGAAUACAAAUGUGUAUUUUAUUGCAGUAAAAGCAAACAGUAUUAUGACAUUGACAGUUAAAAUGUCAUGUAGAACUAAACUAAAAUUUAUUUUCUCAAUUUUUUUUCAUAUUAAAUUGUUUCAUACCUAAAUAUUUGAUACUAAAUGAAAGCUCUGUUUCCCCUGAAUAAAAUGAUAUAUAAUAAGUGUGGGUGCAUUUAAUAUGAAAGAGGUGAAUUACGGUGGGACAGACGUAGCGCAAAUGCCAGGUUUUGUUUACGUUUUGUUUUGUACACAACGUGUACAUUUGACUCAGUCGGGGGUUAAGCUGAAACUUGUGGUUUGUUUUUAUUUAGGUCCGGCUCAGUGAUGCAGACUUUAAAGUUUUAACCAGGGAUGAACUUUUUUUGAGGUAAAGUAUCUAUAUACAUUGACACCUUGCUAGAUCUAAAAAUCAAUUUGCCUGGAGAAGGAAGCUCAAUGUGUCACCAUACAGUGAUCAUACUUGGUGUACAUGUGGAAAAGACAAGACAAAAAGAAUACUGCCACCUGUGAUCAACAGUUAAGAUAACGGAUGUUUGAGAUUCUUAAAGGGAUUUUAGAACUUUGAUUGCAGAGUUCAUAAGUCUUUACAUUUAGUUAUAUGGUUUGGACAGUAAAAUAGAAAACAUUAAUUUAGUGGUAUGCUGCUCACGAUCUCUGAAUUUUUUUUGUGUUGUGCAUGUUAGAUUACUCCAAAUGACACGGUUUUAUUUAAAACAUUUUCAUUGAAGGCAAUGUUAAUUUCCACUGUCUGAUACUUAGCUUAAUGCAUAAAAGUGCUUUAAUGUUUAUUGCACUUAUAUUUUGUAAACAUGAUUCCUAGACUUAACUGUUUCUGACUUAUCCAACACUAUUCAGAUAAAGUAGUUUUAUACUCUUUAUACCUCCCUCUUAUUGGUUGUCAUACUUAUAUUUGGCUUUAUUAAAGGGUAACCAAAACAAGCCUAAAUUUUAAGUAUGUAUUUACGUGGUCUAAAAAAGAAAAUUAAAUAUAUUAACCCAUCCUACUUUACCGUGUAGAUGGACACCUCUUUUUCUGCUCCCUGCCAAUGCUUAUUAUAAGCUCUGGUAGUUGACAUAAAGAGAAUGAAAAUGAUUCCUUUUAUCGUUGUGCGCAUUGUAUGUUUCAGCUGUGCCAGGACGACCUGGAUUGUCACCAUUUUUAUUUUUUUCUAAAUCUUUAAUAAACAUUUUAAAAUAAGACAAACAUGAACAAUUGUUAAAACAAGUUAUAAACAAUAGUCCAUGUUUUACGUACUGAUGAAACUUCCCUUUUUAAAGUGGAGCAGCAACCAGAAAGUGUUUAGUAUAGUUAUCCUGGCAAUGCUCACUGAGAGAGACUGCUAGUUUUUAGAAUCUCUCACACUGUAUAUUAAAGGAGCAUUAUAGGAUCAGGAACACAAACAUGUAUUCCUGACCCUAUUGUGUUAAAACCACCAUCUGGUCCCCUCUUGCCUCCAUAAAUAUGGAAAAUCUUAUUUCUAUUCAAGUCUGCAGCUCCUGGUUCUGCCGUGUCUGCUGACAUCAGAAGUGGUGGUCUGAGCCAAUCACAAUGCUUUCCCAUAGGAUUGGCUAAGACUGUCAAGGAUGCAGAUCAGAGGCAGAGCCAGCACAAGUCAAACACAGCCCUGGCCAAUCAGCAUCUACUCCUAGAGAUGAAUUUAAUCAAUGCAAGCAAUGUGGAAAGUUCAGUACCUGCAUGCAGAGGGUGGAGACCCUGAAUGGCAGUGAUCCUUACUCUGCCCAAGGAAGCACCUCUAGCAGCCACCCGAGGAGUGGCCUGUGGAGUUAUCACUAGGCUGUAAUGUAAACACUGUGGUUUUUCUCUGAUAAGACAGUGUUUACAGCAAAAAGCCUGAAGGGAAUGAUUCUACUCACCAGAACAAAUGCAAUAAGCUGUAGUUGUUCGGGUGACUAUAAUGUCCCUAAAUACAUAUUUAUGACAGAAAACACUCUGGAUGGUACAGUAAAGUAUCAUUUGAACUAUACAAACCUCAGACUUACAUCUUCACUAGCAUAGAACUUUCUCAUAAGUUUGAAGUUUCAUACAGUUUUUUUUUUUUUUUACUGCAGUACACAUUCACCAAGGCUGUGCAAGUCCUGUGUUUUGUUGGGGUUUUUAUGGGGGGGUGGUAGGGGGGAGGAGACCUAUGCAACCUUAUUCCUAUUUAACAUUUAUUUAUAGCUAAUAAAUGAAAGGGAUCUUUAAAAUUUAAAGGGUGCACUGUAGGCACUCAGACCACUGCAGUGUCCCUGUUCCCUUAGUAGUGGUUACCUUUCAGGACUAAGACUGCCUAAAGUGUCAAUGAGACAGCCAGAAGAGGCACUUCCUUGUGGCUAGGCGACUUGCCUGCAUCACUAACGCUGUGACGUCCUCACACUCUGCAUAAGGACAUCCAGUGUCGGUUAAAUCUCCAAAGGAAAGCAUUAAAGCAAUGCUUUCCCAUGAGGAGCAACUCAUUUUUAAAAAAUAUAUUAUUUUCACAGUUUGUAAAUUUAAUGAAACAAACACUCCAAGGACUAUUACAACUACAACGUGCUGUAGUGGUUACAGUACCCUGGCUGCUUCCCAGGUAAAACAAUUUAUGCAUGGUUCUGACAACUUACCUGGGGUCCACUAGACUCCAGCCAGAGCAUUCAGGACAGCCAUUGGCUAAGUUAUGAGCCGGUGAAGUGGCACCUGCGACUGUCCACUUAAUUUUUCCUCUCCCCGUCUCCCCCUCUCUCAUUCAUCAGAAGUGGUGGUCUGAGCCAAUCACAAUGCUUUCCCAUAGGAUUGGCUAAGACUGUCAAGGAUAUAUAUCCUAGAGAUCAAUCUUGUAGUUAUGACCCUAAGACUCUGCAGUAGCUAUAUCCCUAGUUAGUGUUAAGCCAUUUGAAUGCUUUGAUUAAAAACCAGGGCUUUCUCACCACCUAAAAUAACUACCCAUCUACUGCUGGUCAGCUAAUAUGUACAUUUAGUUUCCACAUUUAACAGGUAAUGCAGAAUUUCUUACCCAGCUGCUGCAAAAUGGCCAGGUUUUUGUCACAGGGAGAGUCACCAUGUUAUUUAAACUCCUGAAAUGAUUUCAAGAUAACCAAGGAGACUGCACCUAUCGAUUGUUUGCACUAUAACCACUACAGUGAACUGCAAUAGUUAGGGGACUAGAGGCUCUCCUUAAAAUCCAUUGGAGCAAUAUAAAUAUAAAAGGAUUCACUAGUGGAGUUGGUAUUCUAUUACAAUAGUUUGUUUUUUGUUUUUUUACCCUUGUGACUGCUACAGACUUUGACUCACCUUGACACUGGGAAAACUAAUCUAAUCACAGUGUUUUGCAAUAUGUGUUUUAAAGGGACACUAUAGCCACCAGAACUACUACAGCUUAUUGUAGAAUCAUUCCCUUCUGGCUCUUUGCAGUAAACACUGCCUUUUCAGAAAAAAUGCAGUGUUUAUAUUGCAGCCUAGUGAUACCUCCACUGGCCAUUUGUCACAUGUCUGCUAGAGUUGCUAUCUGGGGCAGUGCUGCACUCUCUGCGUGAACACACUGAACUUUCCUCAUAGAGAUUCAUUGAUUCAGUAUAUCUCUAUAAGAAGAUGCUGAUUUGCCAGGGCUGUGUUUGACUUGUGCUGGCUCUGCCUCUGAUCUGUCUCCUUGACAGUUUCAGCCAAUCCUACGGGAAAGCAUUGUGAUUGGCUCAGAGAGUCUCUUAUGAUUUUGUCAGCCAAGCAGGCAUAUCAGGGGCAGAGCCAGCAGCUGCAGACUUGAAUAGAAGUAAGAUUUUACUAUAUUUAGGCAGGCCAGGAGGGCUAGGUGGUGGUUUUAACACUGGGGUCAGAAAUACACGUUUGUGUUCCUGACCCUAUAAUGUGCCUUUAAUGACCAUUGUCUAUUUCUUUUAACAAAUUGGUCACUAAGCUGUCAGAGAAGUCUGCUUAUCAGAGAGAAUAUUGUGCAAUGACUUCACAUUAAAGAGGCACUGUCAUUUUUAUCUGUUUCAUAUCUUCCGCUAUGUCGCUUGAUUUUUCUCCCUCCCCUUAAAAUCCACGAACUGACAUUUUGUUCUCUCUUGCCCAUUAUGCCUGAUUUUUACCCUUAUGCCGGAUUGACUUAUGGAUUGUGAGUAAACCUUUCUUGAAGCAGCACUGUCACGCUGAACUUACCUUUAUCCUAUUGUUUCCUCUUCUUUUCCUCUCAGAAUCUUUUUCUUUUUUUUUUUCUGGUCUUUUUCUCUUAAAAACAUAAGAUAAAGUGGUGCCUACAACAUUCUCUGACACAAGGAGGAGCUGAAGUUGGCUCCAUUUCAUGUGUCAAGGUGUAGGCUUAGUUCUUUCUCUGACCCAGGAAAUGGAAAUGACUUCAACUCCUCCUUGUGUCAGACGUGGGAAAAUAUAUAUAAGACAAAGUAGACACUCCUUUGUCUUAUGUUUUAAAGAAAACUAGAUUCGAAAAGAACAGAUUCUAAGAGAGGAAACAAUAGGAGAAAGGUAAGAUCGGUGUGACUCUGCCGCUUUAAGCUCAGCCCGUCAACUUGACUGUACACAUAAAAAGUUGUCCUUGGGUCCCCCCCCCUCUCCUUUCUUUAUUUUCUUUUUCAAUUGUCUUUUAUGAAAAUGACAGAAUGCAGAUUAAAGUUUAAUUUUGUUGACAUUAUAAGAUUUACAUGGGGUAUUUACAAAAUUAAUUUAAGUGUAUGUUUGGACCACAAAGUACAAGGAGUUCUAUUCUUUGUAAGCAGAAUAAAUCCUUAUGCUGAUGUCAACAGUGACAUCCGUUGAUUGUAUCCUUCUGGUUAGCAUUGGGUUGCUGCUGAGUUUCAGUUUGCUUUAGGCUGAAUUUGGUUUAGAAUUCUAAAAUCUGGCUAUGGUUAACAUGUGAGGCGUCAUGUCCUCAGGGUAGUAUCCGUAUCUCAAAUAUGGGUUCUUUACUGUAGUGGGACACAUGAGGCUUGUGAAAUUAAUGAAAACAAAGAUUUUUAAAAACACAAAAAAUAUAACAAGCAAAUGGUAAAGAAAUGGUUGAAUUAUCAAAACUCACUUGUGAAAAAAUUGUAUGUAUAUACACCUAAACCGAAAAUUCUGGUUGAGUGACCACACCUGAAUGCCAGGAAGGCCAUAGUCAUGAAUGCCCAUCUUGAAAAACACCUUUUUGUUAACGAAUUAACUAAAAACUUUUGGGGUGUGUUUAUUUUUUUUUCCUUCUUCUUCUUUAUAGGUGGAAGCAGUAUGAAGCUUAUGUGCAAGCUUUGGAGAACAAGUACAGUGACCUGAAUUGUAAGUAUAUAGAUGGUUUCAGAAUAAUUAGUGAUGGUUUCUGUUUAGGAAAAGGUUUUAUUAUUAUUAUUAUUAUUAUAUUUAUAUAGCGCCAUCAAAAUCCGCAGCGCUUUACCAUAAAGAAGUAGCCAUGUUUAGUAAAUGUCUUAGUUUAUCGAAUAUUAAUGUAAUACAUUUUCUGUACCUAUCCUUUGACUAGGCGAGUUUGUAGCUAAAUGUAUAUGUAUAACUGGCUAAAGCUUUAUGAAAUUGAAAACUCACCUUAAUUAACAUUAUUUUUCUUUAGCCAAUGAUGUGACUGGACUGCGAGAGUCUGAGGAAAAGCUGAAACAGCAGCAGCAAGAGUCUGCUCGAAGGGAGAAUAUAUUAGUAAUGAGAUUGGCUACAAAGGAGCAAGAAAUGCAGGAGUGCACGGUAUGUUUUUUUGGGAGGUGGGGGGAAGGUUUGCAACACAUGUCGUGCAGUUUUGUUUCCAGGCAUGUGUUGGGUUCCACAAAAGUAAACUCUCUGUGGCGCUCACAAUAUUUUUAGCUCUCUCCAGAGUGAAGAAAGUCAUGUUCAGGUUGAAUCACAAUUUUUUGACCAUUAGGAACAAUUACUGAUAAAAACUCCGCAGACAAUCUGAAAAAGGAUUUUUAAUAGCAUAGCAAUUUACAUUUCAGUGUUUUAGUUGUUCAGUCAAGAUGAAAUGGUGUUCUCUAAGUGUUUGAUGGAGAAUGCCCACAAUGACUCCUGGUGAAUUUAGGGGUCUUUAAUCAAAUUUGCAAAAGAACACACACCCUGAUCAUUUUUUUUUCCUGUGUAGGCAGUGUUUAAAGUGCUACUAGACUGGGGGGGGGGAGGGGGAUCUAUUAAUUUCCAGGUUUCCAUAUUCUCCAUAACUUUGUCUGCUAGUAAAUAUAAUGUUCUUAAGUAUGAAAAGUUAGACUCUAGUGGGCUUACCUAAUUAUUGAAAAUAUUUACUUUGCUAUAAUUUUUAUUCAUUCAUUAUACAAGAUCUUUCCACCAACUCGAGAUGGAGUGUAGGUACUUUGGAAAAGUGUUUUUGCCUUUUUGCUCCUAAUGAUAUGAUUUGUCCAAGCCUAUAUAGAAUAUCAGCAAGGUUGGAUGGGAACUAUGUAUGCGUGUGAAAGUUUGUCCCCUUCCAACUAUAUUGUGUUAAGUUUUAAGGGGCUUUCUAAGCAAUAUAACCACUGCUACUCAUUGUUUUUUUCUUUAGAUGCCAUCCCCUGUUUUUAUGUUAAGCUGUUUUUAGCACUUGCAGCCCGUGGAUGCUCGCAAAGAUUGGCCAAUAGUGUGAGUGGUCGCACAGUGUCCUGGCUUUGUUUCCUUGCAUAGCACUGGUUUUUUUUUUUUUUUUUUUGGUUUUUUUUUUUUUGUUAAACCUUUCCAAAGCAGCUUGACAGAAACAGCUAUGUGGUCAGAAUAAUGCCAGCCCAUCGUUAUUUGCAGAAGCGCUGAACGUUCCUCAUUUAAUGCAUCUCUGAGUAGAUGCUGAUUGGUGCAGAGAGGCAGCCUCCCAAUGCUUGGCUGAUAUAAUAAAGUUUGAUCUCAGCCAAGGGGGUGGAGCCAGUCAUGAAGGUCAGUGCUGGAAAAAGGUGGGUAGAAUCACCUUUUGACCAGGGGCUGGAGCCUAAAUUGUUAUUUUAGAACUAGUGUUUGUAUUCCUGACACUAUAGUGUUCCUUUAAGUAUCAGUACUUUUUUUUGUUUUAAAAAAGUAUGAGUUGGUUAAACAUUUGUACACAAACACGAACUACAAAGUACUUUAAAAUCAUGUUCCCUAUUAUCAUUACAGGAACUCUGUACUAAACACAUACGUACUUUACCUAUAUUUUUGAGAGUAGCAUACCUUUGAUGCCAAUCUGUCAUUUUUGAUAAUAUUUUUCCAUAUAUCAACCAGUUCUGCGUUCAGUAAAGCAAUAAUUCUCUAUGGCAGGGUUAGGCAACCUUUGGCAAUCCAGAUGUUUUGGACUACAUCACCCAUAAUACUCUUACAUCCAUAAUGCUGUAAAAGCAUCAGGGACAUGUUUUACAACAUCUGGCAUGUUGAAGGUUGCCUACUAUUGCCAUGUUGCAAACCAAUAACGCACAGUAUGCAAACAGAAAUGCCCUGGUUUAACAUUUAGCAUCCAAUAGAAUGCAUCUUCCCCCAAAAAAAAAUCAGAAUAUUAGCACUACGUUCUCCCAGCAACUUGACAUGGUUGACCAAGGAAUAGUGGUAAAAGUUCUGGAAUUAAAAAAAAAAAACUUUUGGUUACCAACAUAACUUAGAGGGACCCUCUCUUAUUAAAGCAGAUUUCAAUUGGCACUUUUUAAAUUAGCCCCAAAAUAUUUUCUUUUGGGAAAUGAGAAAUGAUUGUGAAGAAAAACACAGCAAGAAUGAGAAGCUAAAAUGUAUCAAACGCACUUAAAUUAUGUUGUUACCCAGAGUAAGACUGGAAUGUUGGUUUUUAUUUUUAUACGCACCAGUAAAAGAAUAAGUAGUGAAUGCUAAAUGCCAGGAUUGGCAGACACUUGCAAAGUAUAGACAGUCUUUCCAGAAUCCUUUGCGAAGAUGUGAUCUGUAAGAUACUGGUAUCUGUAUUCCCUGCAGCUUGGUCAUAGGAAUCAUAAAGCCAUGCUUGGUAAAAGAGACCUAAGUAUAUGUUCCUGUCUCCCCUCUUUCUCCAGUCUUUAGCCUCUGCCUCCCAACAGCUCAGCUCACUUUGCCCUCAGUGGCUCAUUACCUACUGAGAAGUAGAGGCCAGUCAGAAACACAGACAGGGUUAUUCGUAGUAAUCUUCAAAUUUAAAGGGAUGCUAUAGUGUUAGGAAUACAAAAUUGUGUUCCUAACACCAUAGUGCCCUUUGGUCAUCUGUUACAUAAAGAGUUAAAUAACCCCUUAAUUACUCAACUGUUUUCAGUGCCGAUGUCACAUGGUGCUCCUCACCAGAUGUCGCCUGUUGGGGGAACCAAAGGCGUAAGCGCUGUGAGUGCAUUAGGCCCUACAUUGAAUGCAAUGAUUUCACUCAUGCUUGAUGUCCUCAUGCAGAGUGUUUGGACAUCCAGCGUCACUUAGGUAACCUAAAAUCUGGUAAACGUCUGGAAGCUCCUCUAGUGGCUGUCUCAGAUUCUGGUUGUUUUACAUUGCAGGACUAAGUGGGACAGGGACAUUGCACCCAGACCACUUCAAAUAUCUGAAGUGGUCUGAGUUCCUAUAGUGUCCCUUUCAGACCUAAAUAACAGAACUAUAAAAAUUCUCUAGUUAGCUAUUCUUCCAGUUUGCCUGCUUUGGCCUUAAAGGGUUACUCCAAGCACCAUUAUCACUUACCGUAUAUACUCGAGUAUAAGCAGAGUUUUUCAGCACAUAUUUUUUUUUUUUUUUAUAUGCUGAAAAAGCCCCCCUAUGUUUAUACUCAAGUCAGGGUCUGUAUUAUGGCAACUUACAUUCACUGCACGCGCACACCCUGCAUUCACGCACGCGCACACCCUCACUCUGCAUGCACGCGCACACACACUCACUCACUCUGCAUGCACGCGCACACCCUCACUCUGCAUGCACGCGCACACACACUCACUCACUCUGCAUGCACGCGCACACACACUCACUCACUCUGCAUGCACGCGCACACACACACACUCACUCUGCAUGCACGCGCACACACACUCACUCACUCUGCAUGCGCGCGCGCUCACUCACUCUGCAUGCACGCGCGCGCACACACUCACUCUGCAUGCACGCACACACACUCACUCACUCACUCUGCAUGCACGCGCACACACACUCACUCUGCAUGCACGCGCACACACACUCACUCACUCUGCAUGCACGCGCACACACACUCACUCACUCUGCAUGCACGCGCACACACACUCACUCACUCUGCAUGCACGCACACACACUCACUCACUCACUCUGCAUGCACGCACACACACUCACUCACUCACUCUGCAUGCACGCACACACUCACUCUGCAUGCACGCACACACACUCACUCUGCACGCACACUCACUCACUCUGCACGCACGCACACUCACUCUGCACGCACACGCACUCACUCUGCACGCACACGCACUCACUCUGCACGCACACGCACUCACUCACUCUUGCACUCAUUAUAUAUACACACGCACACUCUGCAUUCAUUAUAUAUACACACGCACACUCUGCACUCAUUAUAUAUACACACGCGCACUCUGCACUCAUUAUAUAUACACACGCGCACUCUGCACUCAUUAUAUAUACACACGCACACUCUGCAUUCAUUAUAUAUACACACGCACACUCUGCAUUCAUUAUAUAUACACACGCGCACUCUGCACUCAUUAUAUAUAUACACACGCGCACUCUGCACUCAUUAUAUAUACACACGCGCACUCUGCACUCAUUAUAUAUACACACGCACACUCUGCACUCAUUAUAUAUACACACGCACACUCUGCAUUCAUUAUAUAUACACACGCGCACUCUGCACUCAUUAUAUAUACACACGCGCACUCUGCACUCAUUAUAUAUACACACGCACACUCUGCACUCAUUAUAUAUACACACGCACACUCUGCACUCAUUAUAUAUACACACGCACACUCUGCACUCAUUAUAUAUACACACGCACACUCUGCAUUCAUUAUAUAUACACACGCACACUCUGCAUUCAUUAUAUACACACACUGUAAAUAAACAAUUAAUGUAAUUUUAUUGGGAUUUAAUUUUAUUUAGAAAUUUACCAGUAGCUGCUGCAUUUCCCACCCUAGGCUUAUACUCGAGUCAAUAAGUAUUCCCAGGUUUUUGUGGUAAAAUUAGGUGGGUCGGCUUAUACUAGAGUAUAUACGGUAAGUGAUUUGAAGUGGUCAUGGUGCCUGGAGUCUGUUUGAGUAGCAUUUCACUUUGGAGAUAUAAACCCCUCUGCUGCCUGUGCUGUAAUUCCAUCUCCAGAAGCUUCAUAGGUGUAUUACUGGAGUUCCGGGCUGGCUAUUGUCAGUUCUUUGCAACUUGUGUUACACAGAAUGACCGUCAUUGGCUGAGAGUGGUCAUCUGACACAUUGGUAAAUAACUGUGUGAAAAUGGGGUGGGACAUGACUUAUGCUGCACUGUGCUGCAAAACAUUUUUUUUCCAGAGCUUAAUAGAAUGGUGCAGUGACAAAACCACAGCAUGUCUGAGGCCAAAUCAAAUUAGGUUGAGUUAUGCUGGUGAUUAUAGCGUUCAUUUAACAUUUGUAUGCAUCAGUUUCACUCUUGCUCCUUUUGCAUAAUUUCAAAAUGAAUGGUUAACAUGUACUUGGCAUACUGAUAUUUACUAAACCUGUGAAUGCUCUGUAUUAAAAGUAUAAUGUUAAAAGAAAGUGUAUAAUGUGGUAUAUUGUUUUUAAUAUUGCAACGGAGAAAACUUAUACAGGUUGAAAUAGGGGUCAGGGAAUGACUUUUUUUAUUUUUGUAUUGAUAAAAUAAAAAUGUGUACAUGUUAGAAUGCUUACUUGCACUUUGUAGCACAAUCCAUGUUUCAUGGCAAAUUCUUUUCACAUUAUAUAGAUUUCCAUUUUCAUAAAGAUAAAAAAAUAAAUAAAAAAAUUAGCAAUUGUAAACUAACUCUGUUAUCCAGAGAUUUUCAUUCAGAUGCUUGUACGACUAUAUGAUUGAAUUAUCUGCCUCUGCAAAAUGACAGUUGCCAUUUUGUCUGCUCUUCUGGCAUACUAGUAACUGUGCCUUUGGUUCAUCUACACAGAACCAGAUUCAGCACCUCAAGCAAGUACAGCAGCCAAGCGUUGCCCAGCUGAGAACGACUAUGGUUGACCCAGCUAUCAACUUGUUUUUCCUCAAAAUGAAAAGCGAACUGGAACAGACUAAAGACAAACUGGAACAAGCCCAAAAUGAACUGAGUGCCUGGAAAUUUACGCCUGAUAGGUAAACAAACCAAAUACUCCCCAGUCAAGACUUCCCUGACACUCCCACUGCGAGAAUGCUAUGGUGGGAUGGCCAAGUACUCGUUUUGCACACCAAGACUCAGACUCUUGUGAGCCAAAAAAGCCACAUUCUUACUGUCCAGCUUAUAAUGCUUAAUGUAAAUCUUAUCAGAUGAACCUUGUAUUUCAGCUUUUUAUUUUCCUCCCCUCAUUUGCUUCAAAGGCCUGAGAGCGUCGGACUAUUCCGAAGAAGUGUCCACAUCCGGCAGUGUCCCAUUUCUAGAACACCUAGACACUUGCAAAAAUGGUUCUGGUUGAAGAAAAUACAGGGAGAAAAAGAAGUCUUAAGUCUGGCACAAUGUGUCGGCACCCAUUUAUGGAGGAGAGAACCUAGUGAUUUUUAUUUUUCUUUUGCUUAAAAACAAAAAUCAUGAAUUGAUCAUGUAAUAUUCCCAUAAAAAAUGUAAAGUGGAAUGUUCCUUGCUCUUAAUAUUGAGCCUAGUGACUUAUAGAAACUUAGUCCGUGUUUCCAAUUAAGACUCUGGACUUCAUGAUUGUUUACUGAACUGCUGGGCCCAAACUCGAGCAAAGGUGAUUUUUACUUAAAAAUGAUUACUGUCCAAUAGUCAUGGGCAUGAAACAGUGAGCUAUCACACCAGAGUAGUAGUGCAUGCUUCUGAACAGCCAGCUAGUAUUAUAUUUCUAUUUUAUACUAUACUGCUGGUACUUAGUGUGGUUGAAGCAUACUUCUCUGAUGUUUGAUAACACAAUGGACCUCCAUCAAAAAUUAUGUGUAAAUACACUGAAGGUGUGACACUCGUAUCUUUCGACACUAAGAGGUUUUGCAACUAGUCUGUUAUUCCAAGGCUAGCUUUUAAUAACUAAGUUAAAACAUUUUCCAAGUGAAUGGUCCAGUUUUUAUAUCAGGACGUAGGAGAUAUGGUAUCAACUGCCUAGAUCUUUUAUUUAAGUGGGUUUUUUUAAUGUUCGUUUUAUGUGAUUAAUAUGUUUUGUCACAGCACAACUAUAUCGAAAAGGCAUUUGGUAAAACUGCAGCAUCAAUCUGUAUUUGUUGAAGCGAUGGAAAGGAGAACGUUAUUCAUUUUUAAUUUUUAUUUAUUUCCACAAUUUGUAAGGAAAAGCCAGAGUGUGCAGACCCAUUUUUACAAUUAUCAAGUUUCUUCUGAGAAGAUUAGGGGUGUCUAAUAGAACGAAAUAUUCAUCACUUUUAUUUUAUUUGGAUUUUGGGCAUGGUAUUCAUUCUAGUGCUUAAUAGUUUGUAUAUGUCAACUUUAUUUCAUUAAUAGUGUUCAUUUGUCAUGAAAUUUGUAAAAUGUGUAUAUAUGUUUAUAUACAUAACACUAGAACUCUAAACUGACACAUGAUCACUUCAUAUUGAACCUUUUUAUCUCUGCAUUGUCAUGUCCAACAUCUGGUGUACCAGCACCCCAGACCUUUGCUAAACUAUUUCUAAUGUGGAAGGUCAAUUUCUGCAUUGACAGUAUCAAUUCCUUCCAUGUUCUCAAGCCUGACUAAGCAACUAACCCGAUACACCCACCCAGCCAUCGAAUGCUUUGAAAAUAGGGUUGUUCUUGGUAAUGUUGAAGUUGAACAUCCACAUUGGCAAUAGCUGAGCAAAGGUCUGGACCUUGGCCCACACGUUUGGCCAUUCAGCUCAAAAUGUUUGACCAAGAACCAGGUGCCCACAGCGUAAUGCCACUAUAACAACUAAAUUUGCAUGUAGUGGUUAUGGUGCUUGGACAACCCCAUAAUUUACAGUGAGUACGUGUCUGUUUUUGCUGCCUCCUCAUGCUAAUUGCGGUGCAUUGCAUUCAGGUAUUAUGAUGCUGCAAGCAUCUUUUAGGGAUUGGUUAGUCUGACUGCUUUUAUCACCUUGAUGACAACAGGUGCAAUCGUCUGGUAAGUAUAUCAGAUUGUAUGUCUGGUUGUUUAAUUACUGCAAUGUACCAAGUUUAAAUUUGUGUUUUAUCUAAAACAAAUCUUGUUAUACAUACGUUUCAUGGAUGGACAGGCCUACAAUUGCAUACAUUAUAUUUACUGAGAAGAAUUUGGCACUGUACCAAUAAUGACUACAAAAGCCUAUAACUUGAUUAAUGGGUAUAAUAUAUAGUUUGUCAACUGAUCCUUCAAGGUUUUGUUUUACUUAAGUCAGUAGGGGAAAAUCCAGUAACCUCUCUGGAUAUUUGAUCAUGUGUUGGUUCGAUGGUUCAGUGCAUUUCCUUGAAAGAAAUAUUCCUGUAGUUAUGUUUACAUUUUAUUUAUUUUACUAUAGUAAGGUAUGUUGCAGUUUAUCAGAUUUUAUAAUUUUUUCCUAGUUUUUGAGUUUUACACAAGUCUGAAACCAGUUGACAAUGGCUCAACAAGACAGUCUUUUAUUCAGUUAGUUAAAUUAGCUUAGGAGAAAAAUAGUCUAACUUUAAAAUGUACUGGUUAAUCUUGGUCAAAAUGAUUUGAAUAUAAAGAAAGAAAACUUGGUGUUGAAAUCAAUACAGUUGAAUUAAGCUGUUUAAUAUUUAGCACCACAUGCAAAACAGUAGCUACUUAUACAUUUUUACAUAUAUUCUGAUCAUAAAUUUGUGGCUGAAAAUGAGAGGCUUGCUUUGUUUUCAGUUUAUGAAUGCAUGCCUGGACUAUAUGUAAGUUUCUAAACUUUUCAUUUUAAAAUGACCUAUAUAAAUGUUAUCUAUAGACCCACAAUACAUUUUUUGCUAUGUCAUUUCGUGACCACUUUAUGCAGCAUACGGCACCAUAACAACGUCAUCUAGAUGAAGUUAUUAUGGUGCCAGGAGACACCUGGAUGCAAUCUUACCUUCAGGGGUAAAAAAUGUUUAACCCCAAAGUUUCCUCUAGCACCAAUCCUCAAAACCCUCCCUCCCUGGUGUCAUACAGCUUCUGAGAUUUCCAUCUUAGGAAGUGCAGAGUGCCACCGGUCAGGUGCGCCUCUGGUUUGGCUGAAAGCGGCAGCUGACUUUGGAGUUUGGUUUAACUCCUGAUGGUACGAGUUUGCCCAGGGGCCUCCUGGCACAAUAACUUCAUUUAGAUUUAGUUGUUUUGGUGCCUUGUGCUCCUUUUAAAGGCUUCCCGUUGACUGCACCAGGAUUAAUAAUUUGAAAACCGCUUAAUAGUUACAGGGGUGUUGGAAUAUAGUUUGAGUAAUUUAAGUAGGUUCCGUGUUUUAAUUUAUUAUAGAUUGAGUGUAUACUUUCAUCUCCGUUUUGAUGGCCUACUAAACAUACAAUUUUUUCUUUACAAACCAAUCUAAUCCGUUCAUGCGUCUGGGUCUACCCUUAAAUAUGUAGUUUUUCAGCAAACAUUUGUGAAGUGAUAAAUGCUGUGAACUUAACAGGUCUCAAUAUGGUUUGAAUAUCUAUUAGGAUGUAAACUGGUUAACUUGCUCAUUUUAGAUUACUUUUUCUAUUUGUGAAAUUGCAUAUGAUCUAUAUAAAAGCAAAUGGUUAUUACUUGAAAUGUUGAUAUUUUAAACUAUUUUCCCUCCCUAUUUUAUAGGGAAAUUACCACCAUGUAACUGUUAAAUGCAACAGAAGAUAUUUUCAAUUAGUGCCAUGGAUUGAGAAGGGUGCGGAGAAAGCUAUAAAAGCAUUUUAAAUGUUUUGUGCAUUUGCAGUUACUGUAGUAUACAUUCUAAAAGGUAACAAAAUCUUUCCAGUGCUAUUUGUAGGACUUGCAAAAUGCACACAUUUUAAUUCAAGAUAAAUCUGUUCAUGUCCAGGAAUUUUUCUAAGUACCAUUUAAUUUUGAACAUCUUUUUUUUAUUCAUGCUAAAACUAGUGUUUAAGUUAUUACAAGCUAGCAUUUUUUGUAAAUGUUAUGUGGUGUCAAUAGUGCAUUUUAUCUGGAAAACUUACAAUUUCAAUAAUUUUCACAUGUAUUUUGGAGAAAUUCUCAGGGUGGCCAAACACUUGUCAAAGUAGAUAAAAAGCAAUAGAUCAGAGCUCAAAAGUUAGGGUAUAGAAGAUUUUAAUUGGAAACAGAAUACAGAUAACAUUGCGUGGUCAAAUGUCAUCUAUAUUCUGCUUUUAUUUAAUAUGUGCUAUAUCCUAAUUGUUGUGCUCAUAACCGUUAUGAUCUGUGUAUUUUGGAGAACACAUAUAAAAUAGUGUUAAAUAUGUGAUAAUAUAUUAUCCAUGUGUUUUGAAAGAACUUGCAAAUGCAUUUUUCUUGACAUUAUAGUGAGUUGAGUGUUUUGGGGUUAUUAGAUGGCAGUGGGGUGCAGUAAGAGGAAGCUGCUCAACCCAAUAAUUGUUUGUAAUGUUUAAUGGUUAAAGUGCUUUUGGUGUGCCGUAGGUUGUAAGUGGUGGAAACCCACUGUGUUGCCUCCUAAGUGUCCCUCUUUAGUAUCUUUCUUCUACAUGGGUGUGUUUUAUUAGAGCUAUGAAUAUAUAGUGUUUACUUAUGACAGAGCUACACUGUUCUAGAACUCCCAGUAUUAUCACUAAACUACAGUAUACAUGUCUAUAAAUUAUCAUAUUCCUGCAUAUCUGGCCAUGACCCUUAAAACAGAUGGGUCUCUGUGUAUUUGCCCACUCUGGAUGCAAACCUUUCAUCAUUUCAAUCUGCUUGGAGCUUUUACAUUAGAGUUUAUGAACUAGGCUUGAAAAAUUACUGGUACAGCUGCUUUUAUGAAAUGUCCUGUUUAGUGUAACAGGCUUUAUAGUGGCUUAUUUAAUUAUUUUUUUUAAGGGCCUAAUACAAUGUCACAUCCUAUUUGUAAGAGUAGGCAUGAGUAGUUGUAUACUACAGUUGUAAAUUAUCACCGUGCGUAUGCUUGCCUAUGUGCCUCUGAAUUCCAUUUUUAAAUUGUACCUGGGCUACUUUUCUGUGAUGAAAGAGCAUUAACAAUCUAUACAUUGCUAAUCAAAUGUAUAGAUUUAAAAAAGAAUAAAUAGUUUCAAGAUCUGGCCACCCACUUGUCUGAUGGUUCUCUGCAAACAACUGUGUGACUGGAAGACCUAGAGAACUCUUCUACGGGUGGUUCUUUGAUCUGCUGCACAGUAACUACAGCGUAUAAGAAGGCACCAACAAGUUAUCUAUACAUUGCACUGUGUGUAAAUACUUUGGGUCAGGAAGCAUUGCUAUUUUUUCCCAUGACCAUACCCCUCAGUUUUAGAAUAUUUUACUUCUUAUAUCGGGUCUGUUAGGCGUUGCUACCCCCCACCAUUACUUCAUUUAGAGAUCUGGAAGCUUCUACUAGGAGCUUCUAUUGGCUCUCUAGAGCUAAGCCCAGCAUCCUGUGAGGUUUAGCUCAGAUAUAGAGCCAGAAGCUCUGAAGUUGUGGCAGAAACUGUUUUUUAAAAUAGUUAAUCACUUACAUUGGGAGGAGGGGGGUACUGACACAAUAAACAUUGUAGCUCUCUGUAGUGGUUAUAGUGCUUGGAGUGUUCCUUUAAUAAAGAUUCUAAUGCAUCUUUGUCAAAAAAGUGUAUGGUGUAAGCUCAAUCAAGAAGAAAAAUGUAAGCUGCUGCUUAUUUGUGUAUGUAUUUGAUUUAUAACUAUACCUCUGGUAUAAUAUAGACUGAAUGUCCUUCAAUCACAAAGGGAAAAUGGCCUUCAGAUAAUUAGUGAUACAUAUUUUAGCAGCUAUGCAACUGAAGUGGUGAAUAUAAAUUACCACCAGUUUAUUGAUAAUGCAGAGAAGUCAAAAUGGGCUAUAUAUAUUAUAGUGCUUUUUUCACUUUUUCAUUUUGGUCUAGGUAUACAAAAUAAGCAACAGAAGGUGACAUAAUUUAAGCAAUUUAUGAUGACUAGUAGCUUCCACCCCCUUUGUGGUCAAAGAUUCUCCAAUAAGACUUAAUUGUGGAGGGUCACAAAUUCCUCUGUAAUGCUACAUGUGCACUUUCCCAUGAAUAUGUUUAUUGCAAACUGAACAUGAAGCACAUUUGAUAUUUGUGCAAGUGCAGAACUGUUGCAUACCCAUUUCCUAUAUUCAGAAUAGUGUGAUCAAGAAAGAAAUUUCAUAUUUUAGGCCAGGGUUCCCCAAACUCCGGCCCUCCAGAUGUUUCUGACCUAAAACUCCCAUGAUUCUCAGUGUAUCUGCUACCAUGCAAUCAAGGAUUGAGGACAAACCAUUUGACAUUCAGGCAAUUCCUCCUACUUGGCCUUUUGGGGAACUUUUAAUCCUAAGAUUAUUGUGACCUUUGAGUUUAUGUAUAAUUUGUAAAUCUACUUGUAAAUGCUGACUUGGAAAAAGUGUCUGCUGUCUUUGUUUCACUCCCUCACAAAUGGAAAAACUGCUUAAAUCUGUAUUUCCAAACCAAUGAAAACAAAGUAAAAUACAAAAGUUCAAAACAAAGUUAAAUUGUUUUGUACACACAAUACUUGAGGGUGUUUCUGGAUUCAUUACAACUACUAAUAAUUUACUGUUCUGUUUCCAGAUUUUCUAUCAAACUAUGCUACUUUAUAGAUUUUAUAUAAUUUGUUCAUUUACUGCAAUUUGUAGUUCUGGUGUUUUGGUUUUGUCCCCUAAAUAGUUUUUUUGAAGUCUAGAAUAUUCUCUAUUGUGGAUUGGUUAUGAAUGAGACCUUAUUUACCGUAGGAAUGUGCAACACAAAAAGUUACAUUGGUGAUGGCUAACUCUUGGCACUCCAGCUGUUGUGAACUCUGCUUCCAAUGAUCAGUUAAAUUAAGUGAAAACUCACUGAAGCAAAGUUUCAGAUAUUGCCUACACAAAAUAAUUCACUGACCUUUGAACAAAUGUGUAUUUUAAUUAGCUGUAAGCAGACAUCCGAUGUCCCAAGUUUUUGAGCAGUUAUUAGGUAAACAGGAUUAUAUACAUUGCAAAUUGGUAGAGGGAGUUUUUCAUAAGCAGCACACCUUGCUGUAUCUCAUAGCUCUAUUAGUUUCGCGUGUUACAGGAAUGUUAUUUAACCCCUUAAGGACACAUGACGUGUGACAUGUCAUGAUUCCAUUUUAUUCCAGAAGUUUGGUUCUUAAGGGGUUAAAGGAGGAAAAUAAUGUAAAAUCCAAAAUUUCCCAUACCAAUAAUGCAAGUGCACAUUUUUGGUAUGUGCUCAAAAAUGUAACCCAUCGAACGAGGAAUGGGGGAGAGAUGGUAAAAUAUAGAAGAAAAAAAAUGCAUAAAUUACAUAUAAAUCUAUAUAUCUGUAUUUGCCGGAUAUAUGGCAUUACAAUACUUUUUGAGAGAUUUUCAAAUGUGAGGUCGGAUAUAUGAACUCAUUCAUUGAUUAUAUAAUGCCAAAUUUGCAUAGAUGUUGGAGCAAAUAUACUAUAUCAAGAUAACAUCUGUUACUGCAUUUAAUAAUUUUAAUGCUUUUGGGGGAGGAGGAUGUCUGCAGAAGAUUGGUUUUUAGUUGUGUAAAGGUGAGGUGUGUUUGUUUAAUGGCGGUCUGUCUUAAUCAUUUAUUUUUAAAUCAAUUAUCAGUCCUAGUCAGUCUUAUGGUUGUACUGCGAAAACUAAUUUUUGGGGAGUGUAGCUAAGCGAGGAAGUGGUUUGAAAAUAUUUGGCUUCAUUUGUGUACCUCAAAUUACCUGCAUCUAUUGUGCUUUUUCCUCGGGCCUGCAUUUAUCACUUGACAAUUGAACUUGCUACUUCACAUUCCAAAGAUGCUGGUGGUAGGACUUUUGUCUCUGCAUGCUGGAUACUCGGAUUGGUUUCCAGCUUAUCUUGUAAUAUGUAUUGAUGUCAGUCCUUCCAGAGUAGAAGAUCAUCAGGCUCUGGAAAAAUAUUUGGUAACUGUAGGCAGUAAAGCUGCUGUGACUGUUUUGAGAAAAGAUGAAUCGUAAGUUAAAUGCUGGAGUCCCUGCCAAGUGCCUCUUAGAAUGGUGCCAAAGAAAAUGCAGGGUUAUCUAUUCUCCAUUUUGUUGACCAGCGGCUCUUUCCUUUACAGCCAAACAGGCAAAAAGUUAAUGGCGAAGUGUCGAAUGCUUAUCCAGGAGAAUCAGGAACUGGGGAGGCAGCUAUCCCAAGGUCGCAUUGCACAGCUUGAGGCAGAGUUGGCCUUACAGAAGAAAUACAGUGAGGAGCUCAAAAGCAGUCAGGAUGGUAAGUACCAUGAUACAUUAUGGGCUGUCUUUUCAUUUAUAUAGAUUUCCCAUGCUUACAUUUUUUUAAAUAAAUGGAACAGAUAAUUUUUCUUUCAUUUCCUUAGUUUUUGGGCAUGCAUUUUUAUUUUUCUCAAAUCUCUUUAGCAUGAAGUUCUCUUGUUUACUUUUGAAAUGGCUAGAGCAGUUUUGUCUUAAUUUUAGCUUAAUACAAUUAUAUUUUUGUUUUACUUGUGUGAUGCAAAGAAUAUCUUAUCAUUUACUAAGGUGUAAUUAGAUUAUGGAAGGAGGAAACACAGCAGUGCAUUUUGUAAAUAUAUAAGGUUUACAUUUGGCCUUAGAUUGUGUACAACGGGUCUGUUCCUGCAGACUCAUGUGCUACUUAUCAUUCCCUUGUUGGCCUGUUUAUUUCAUAUUCUCCACAAUAAUGUGUAUGCAGAGUUUACUUUGUACCGUAUUCUUUUUGGCUAUUUUCUGUUUUCUCCAGUCACCAUUCAUGCUGUUGCUAUAUUAUGAUACAAGGAACUUUCCAAUCACAGCCUACCUUUAUUCUGUUUAUUAGUGACCAAGCUGAGUAUUAAAAACAUUGCAGCUCCACUUAUACAAGAUCUUGUCCAUAAGGCUGUACAACGUAUGAGAGCACUAGACAUGAGCAACUCCAAGUAAUCUCCAUAUUGGGAAAAAUAAAAAUAAUAAAGCCACUUGACAAGUAAACCUAUUCAGAAUCCUGUUUUGACUGUUCUGGUUAGGGAUUGCCUUAUAUUGAUUUUUAGAGUCAAUACCGAUAAUCUGUAAACUUUUAGGCCGAUAGCCGAUAACUUACCGGUAUUCUGUACAUUUACUGUUUUGAAAAAGAAACCAUUUCUACAUUAAUCUGUUUACUGAACGUGUAUUUUUACUUUUUUUUUUUUUUAGCAAAUAUUUUUUUUUAUUAAGUAGUAAAUGCACAAAAUAUACAUGACAUUUAGAUUUUUUUUGUUUUCAAUAAUAUUUAGUGUUCCUUUACCCUCACCUCCCCCCCAUCCCUGUCCCUUAGUGUACCUACCUCUCCACUCCUCUUAGUGGUCCUCUCCCCUUCCCUCUCUCCCUCCUUGUCCUUUAGUGUGUCUCCCUCCUUAGUGGUCCUCAAUGUCGGUAUCCAUGGUGACCGAUAUUUGCCAAAAUCUUGAAUAUCGGCCGAUAAUAUCAGCCAGACAGAUCAGUCUGUCCUUAGCUCUGGUACACUGUAAAAUGCAGUUUCGAUCUUUUAUGAUGUCACCAAAAAUGUAUUUGCAUAAAUCAGUUUAAACGUGUAUUCUCAACAUAUUAGUGGACAUUUAUUUUUUCCUUUUACUUUUCAAAAAUCAGUGUUUUACUAUAAUUUUUGUAAAAGAAAAGGGGAAAUGUUUGCUGCACUUUCCCAGGAUUUAUAUCUUUCUGCAGUGAGCUCUGUAGAGCCAAUGGUGAUACUGAGAAUGUUCAAUAAACCCUUGAUAAAUACUAGGUAGCCGUUCCAAGUUGAGAAAAUGUAGUUCUAGCUGCAUUACCAUAGCUCCAUUCAUAAUUUUCAUUAAUAGCUUCAGCAAAGGCUCCUUCACAGAAAGCUAUGAAAGAACCACUGUAUGGUGGGGAUUUGUAUAUAACACCCGCACCCUGCAGACAUGUACCAUGCACAUACUAGUGCAAAAAAUAUUGAAAUAUUGUUUUGUCCUGUGAUAAGUUAAAGUGCAUUUUUCUUUCCUUCCCUCUCUCUCUCACUCCCCCUCUCUCCCACUUUCCCCCAGACAAAUUUGCUUGUUUUGUUUGUGUUUCUUAUUUAAACAAAGCAUUAUUUUCAACGACAAAAUUAAAAUUCAUAAAGGAGCACUAUAGUCACCAGAACCACUACAACUUAAUGUAGUGGUUCUGGUGUCUACUGUCCCAGCAAGCUUUUCAAUGUAAACACUCCCCUUUCAGAGAACCUGCAGAGUUUACCGUGUUGCCUAGUAACACCUCUAGUGACAGUCACUCAGGUGGCUAUUAGAGUUGCUUUUUAGUGCAGCACCUAUGUUCAUUGUCUCCACGUUCUGCAUGGAGCCGCUCAAUGUUCCCUAUAGAGAUGCAUUGUUUUAAUACAUAUCUGAGGAGAUGCUGAUUGAUGCAGAACAACAUUUUGUUGCACAUGUGUAAAGGCCUCCCAAUGCUUUUCUGUGGGAAAUCAUUGGCAUGGCUGAGAUCAAGUUUGAUGAUCUCAGCCAUGGAGGUAGAACCAGACAUGUCUACAUACCUAUCCCUUGUGAUCAGAGGGAAGCUGGUCACCUAAACAGAGAAACACACAGACACACACACACACAGGCAAACAUACAGAUAAUAGUACAUAUUUUGUCUCUGUGGCAGCUGAAGAUCUUAAAGUUCUUCUUGCUCUGCACUCUUGCGCACCGGUUUCUGAUACCAGGGCUGGAGUGACGUCGUAUCCCGCCGUCCCAGCAGGGUGCAUGAGGGAGCAGAGCAAGAAGAACUGGAAGAUCUCCGCUCUCAGAGGCCCCCUCCACUGUUCCUCAGCUGGCCGGUUCUAUUCUCCCUCACUGAUGAACGGGCUGACAAAUCCUAGGCUCCUUGACAAAAUUCCUGUUCGACAUAGCAAACUGGUACCUGGGAUUUGUCGAGCCCUGUUCUUUCUAGACUUUGAGUUAGUGGUGAAAUGCACUGCAUGUUGUCUGUAUUCUAGGUCCCCAAAAGUAUGGGGUAUUGGGGUGGGAUCUUUUGGAUAUGUGACUCUUAUGUCCUAGUUUGUCUAAUUCUCUUACUUCCCUAGUUCUAUAUAACCGUAUGAAUGCAACCAUCAUUGGUGAAAAUGUUUUCAAAGGAAAACCAAAAUAUUGAUUCAAAAUUAAGUGUCCCUAUUUUGUUACGUGUGCAUAGUGUCACUUUAGGAGCACUUAACUUUUUCCUUAUUAAAGGGAACUCAUUUUCUCUUAUGCACUUAGUGAUCUUAAUGGUUUGUCUUUUUUUUUUCUCUCUCUCAUUCAGAACUAAAUGACUUUAUUAUUCAGCUUGAUGAGGAAGUGGAAGGUAUGCAGAGCACUAUUUUAGUACUGCAACAGCAGCUGAAGGAGUGCCGGCAGCAGUUAUCACAGUUUCAGCAGCAGCAGUCCCAAAGCACAGGUAAUAGGCCUUCAUCAGAGCCCAAGGAAGAGGGAGAGACUCCUGGCAAAGAUUGCAACCGCUUGCCAAAUGGACCAAGUAAUGGUGGGUCUUCCCAUCAAAGAACUCACACCUCUGGAGGGAUUUAUAGGGAGGGCAGCUGCACCGAAGAAGACUUUACCACAUCUCCUGUGAAUGAGGGCAAGCUCUCAAAUCAUUCAGAUGAGAGAACUGGUAGGAGCGGGAGCAGCUACCUGAAUCAGCUUAGUAUUGGGUAUGAAAGUGUAGACUCUCCCACUGGCAGUGAGAACUCUCUCACUCACAAUUCAAAUGAUACAGACUCGAACCAUGACUCUCAGGAAGAGAAACCAGUCAGUGGAAAAGGAAAAAGAACUGUGAGCUCACGUCACAUUCAAAAUGGUUUGGACUCCAGUGUAAAUGUACAGGGUUCUGUUUUGUAAAAAAAAUAAUCCCUUAAUUUUGAAGAAUUUUUCUUUACGUUUUUUUUAUACACCGUUUAAUUUCAGAGCAUACUGUCCAGAAAUAGUGCAUAUUUUGUCACAAAUUUCGCCUUUCUGAGGGUUUUUGUUCUUGUCGCUUAAUGUAAUACCUCUGCCAAUUUGGACAUUUUAAAAGUUAAUUUGAAAUUUAAAUUGACGUUUGUUUAGACUUCAGUUAUUUUUAUGUAAGUUAAUGAAAGACAAAACUUCUAAAACUCUUAAUAUUAAUGAUGUCUGUACAACUGUUAAUAUAUAAAACUUUUUGCUGUGUAAGGGCAUUCUUACCCUCUUUUUCAUCAUCCUUUGACCUAAUCAACAACGUGUCAUGGUAUUGUGAAGGUUUGGCUGCCAAAGUUUACCCAGUAAUGUAGUUUUAUCACAAAAUGUUGGACUUUUAGAAAAGUCCCUUGGUAGUUUCAGUGUUAAUUGCAGUUUCCCCCUCUUGGACAACACAUCUGUACAUACUUCUUAUUUUUUCUUCAAUAGAUGGCUGAAUGUUUGAGACUUGUGCAAAUAGUUACUCAGUUUUGAAAACUGCUGUAUCUUGUUUAAUGCAUAUGACUCUGUGACUCCAAUAUUACCUUGCCUGUACUGACCAAACAAAAUAAAGAUUUUUAAUAAUGUCACUUCAAAACACUUUGUUCAUUUUAUGCCUCUUUAGUUUGAGGAAUAAACAUGUUAAGG